ACGGACCCUGACCUCACCAGCCGCCUUACUGCAUGAUCGCCACUCCCCGGGCGCCACGUGUCCCUUCCCUACGCCUUCCUCGUAACGUCCCUCUGAUCAUAUAUUCUCACAUUCGCACAGGAACACUGUUGAGAGGAGAGAGAGAAAUGGAUGAGACUGAGACAGAGCUGCGGAGGGCAAUUCGGUCAUUGUCGGGCAGAGCUGACGGAGGUGGAGAGAAGGCCACUGCUUGUGUCACUACUGGUUGGGAUGAGGAGGAGGCCACCUUCAACGCCAUCAUGUCCUCCGGUAUCACCUUCCAGUCCUUCCUCCCCACCACCACCUCCGCCCCUCACCACCUCCAAAGCCCAAUGCUGCCGUCACCCCCGUCUCUGAAACCCCUACCCUACUCCGAUUUCGCUCAAGACACAUUCACCAAUGUUAGCCCCGCCACCGCCGCCGCCUUGGACUACUCCCAAGUCCUGAGGUUGGCUAAACACGAACCAAUUUCCAACUACCAAGACUACUUCCCAACCCCAACAUUUUACGAUUACCCACCUGAUCUCAACUUGCUGCCCACCACCCAUUUCUCUCCUCCUCCGCCGCGUCAUCUCCAGCACCACGACAAUGAAUCCAACGACUACUCCUCCAUCUUCCAGCACUUGCCAGAUCUCCUUCCUCUCGACCCAUCUAACUAUUUCCCAUGUUCUUCAUCUUCCUCAUCACCCUACAAACGCCCCCGAUUCGUCGGCUCUCAUCACUUCUGCUACCCGUCAGCUUCUUUCGCCGCCGCCGUCGCCACCCAACAUUUCCAUCCUCAUCCUCCUCUACCCCAUUUCAACAACGCCCCUCUGUUCCCACCUCUUAACAACUAUGGCUUCCGAACCUCCUCUGCUUCUCAAUCUUCAUCACACGCCAACGCUCCUACUCCCCCUCCUCCUCCGGCGCCGCAGGUUAAAACUAAGAGAAGGAUUACAACCCCAUCCCCGUCCCUACCCGGCAGUGCUCUCGCUCGCGAGCGGAGGCAGAGGCUGAGCGACAAGACUCGCUGCCUGCAGAAGCUCCUACCCUGGGACAAGAAAAUGGACUCCGCCACCACUUACGGAGAGGCCUACAAGUACAUCCAGUUCCUCCAGGCUCAGCUCUCCGCGCUCCAAACCAUGCCCGUCCUUACUCCGCCCACCACUUCCUUUGCUACCAGUAGCGUCGGCGGCAAGCUGGAGAGGCUGAGCCGCAACCAGCUUCUGCAGGUUCUGCUCAACUCCCCUUCUGCUCAGACCGUCAUGUACUCCCGCGGCUGCUGUGUGUUUUCGGUGGAGCAGUUGGAUCAAAUCAGCCGCCGAUUCAGCCACAAAAUGGGGUCCUCCACCGCCUCCAAAUCAUCUCCACCGUCCCCAUAGCUCCAUUGAUUAUCAUUCUCUCCUACUAAGUAAAACCAACUCCACUAAUCAUGAUUACUGCUGCUUAAUAUUGGGUUAUCUGCGUCUAAUCGCCUUGAUUUCUAAAGUUGGUCUCUUUUGUUUUUUAAAUUUAGUCUGAUUUGUCUCUAACCUUUUUUGAUGAAAUUAGUCAGAGUUUUGGUCAGUGAGUGAUCCUUUUGGAACAGAGUGCUGGUUGGAAUUAAGGCCAUUAUAAUAUUAGGAGAGAAGGUGACAGUUAACCAUAGCUAUAGUCUAUAUCUAGGGACAGGGGAAACAGAGAACACCAAUGAAAAAAGUACUUUAAUAUUGUAAUUUGGAAAAUUUACGGUUUGGAAGAAGAACCAAAUGCUUUAUUUUCUUGCUAUUAAGUGGUCGCACAAUUCCAAUCAUGUGACGCCGCUACCGAAGAUUUUCUCAUCUAA